CCCGACUGCCGCUCACUCGAGACUGAAGACCUUGAACCCUAAACUACGCUCCGAGGCCCUCCCUUCCUCGUUGGAGACCGCCAAGGAUGGGAGCUCUCGCGACGCUGACGAAGUGGAUUCCGGAGGACGACUUCCUGCUCAAGAACGCCGUCGAAGCUGGUGCUUCCUUGGAGUCAUUGGCUAAAGGUGCAGUAUGCUUUUCCCGAAGGUUCACUCUUCGUGAACUGCAGGACCGUUGGUAUUCUCUCCUCUAUGAUUCUGAUACCUCAGCAGAGGCAUCUGCUCGCAUGAUUGAAUUUGAAAUUGAAGUUUCUAUGUCCAAUCCUUCCAAAGGUAACCGAAAUUGCAACUUGAAAGGAAAGUAUUCUGUGUCUGGUAAACGGAAAGGAGAUAGCAUAAGAAGCCAUUACCAUGCCAGGCGAAAACGUAUCAGAAGUGAGCCUUGUAAUUCUGGCAAUCCUGGUUUCCUUGCACACUAUCCACAUGUUGCUAGUGACAGCAUUUAUGGCGGUGGAGACCGGUUAAACCUUCAGGAUCAGCAACAAGCUGAUAACAUUUGUCCAGGAGAACGAAUCUUAAGUUGUUACGGAUAUCAAGAAACUGGCUAUGACAAUGAACAUAUCUUCCCUGAAAUGCUUAAAUUUGGUUCUGCUACUGCCAGUGGUAACAAUUGUCACCAUGCAUUUCAUACUGAGUAUGUUGGAUCUGUUGAAGAUGAAUGCCCAGAUGGAAUAGUAGACAAAGAAUAUCUAUAUGACUUUAAAGAAAAUAUUUCCCUUGAGUUAGUUGACAAAGAACAGUUAAAUGCUGCAGAGCAGUCCUUUGAAAAUGACUACAUACAGAAAAGUCCUCCUCCCCAGUUCCUUAGAGAUGUACAGAAGGAUCCUUCUCAUUUUCUUGAGGAGAAUCUUCCUUCUCUGGAUGCAUCUGAAGAUAUUAAUGAAAAUAAGCCAAUUCAGCCAUUGCCUAUUAAUGAUUCAUGUGGCGACAAAGUCAUAGAAGUGAAACCCCUAUCUAGUCCUGCUUCAGAAAAUGAGAAUUACGAUGGUGUUCAAAAAAUCAAUAACACAAGUUUACAUGUUCCCAAAUGUGGGGAUAUAGUCCAUCAGCUUGGGUGUUCAUCUACCACAACUUAUCCUCUUUCAGGAACGGCAGACAUAUCCUCACAAAGUAUGCUGAUGAAUAUGCAUCUUGAAGAUAAAAAGGUUCUCGCCAUUGAUGAUCAUAUCAACAAAGCAGGAUGCCAUAACAUGUCAUCAGAAGCCAAUAUAGGUGAAGGAAUAUCUAAUGUUGGAUUAAAUAGCCCAACAAUGAUAUCAGAAACUGACCUGAUGGACUUCUCUGGUGCUUUCUUGGAGUUUGCUGAUGAUGAGGAUAUCAUCUUCAUGGAUAUGGAUGAGAAAGAUAUUGGAGACAAAUCCAGCUUAAAUGGUCUAAGCUCCAUUUUAUUGAGUUCUCCUAGCGAUACACAUGAAGAUGAUCAAGCUAAUUGUGACAUAAAAGAGAUGGAGAAUGUAGAUACUAGUGCUGUGAUAUUUGAGGGGGAUCAAUCAGAAGGAACCAACAAAAACUGUGAUCAGAUUGGUUCUUUCUGUGACAAUGAUUUAACUGUGUGUGUUAGAGAAAAUGUGCCAACUGCAUCUUCAGCAGUGUCUCAUACUGUUAAACCUCUCGAAGGGCUUCUAAUUUGCACAUUGAAUACCGAGGAUCCUGAAAUUCCAUGCAAUGAUGAUGUUCUUUUACCUACACAACUGCUGCCGCAGUUUCCUGCCCCUAUUAAGCUACCAUCUACUGAUGGAAAGUGCCCUUUACUACAUGUAACCAAAGUAAAGGAGGAACAUAUGCCAAUUGCACAACCUCUAGUUUCUUCGUUCACAAAAGUGCCUUCUGCAUUAUUACCCAAAGGAGGAUUGUUGAACUCAACUGAUGAUUGUAGGCUAGAAGCUAAUUCCUUUGAAAGGGUUGGAGUCUCUAGAGAUGCAAGCCUUGCUGCUAAAGAUAAAAAGUCAUGCAUGUUACAAUCCAUUGCAUUGCACUCUGUGGCAGGUGCUCUAAUGAAGGAAGAAAUUGUAACUGAUUCGGAAAAGCAGUACAAAUUUGAUAACUCUGUCAAUCCAUCUUUGGGUACAGCAGCACCUUUAUCCGAUCAUGCUAAACUUUACACCUCAAAUACUGCUGAUGGUUGUAAAAGCGAACUUGAUAUGCAAGGUAUCUCAACUUCAGAUCAGGAGCUUCAAAUUUCUGACAGUGAAGAUGAUGUACCAAACUUCUCUGACGUUGAAGCGCUGAUACUUGAUAUGGACCUGGGUCCACAUGAUCAAGAGUCUUGCCUGUUCACGAAGGAAGUGUCACUCUAUCAGCCUGUUCAUAGUAAGAAGGCCAUCAUGAGGUUGGAGCAAGGUGCCCGGGCUUAUAUGAAUAGAAAAAUUUUAUCGCAUGGUGCUUUUGCAGUUUUUUAUGGGCGCCGUAUGAAGUACUUCAUAAAAAAAACUGAGGUAUCACUUGGAAGAGGGACAGAUGAUGUAGAAGUUGAUAUUGACUUGAGAGAAGAAGGGCAUGCUAAUAAAAUAUCUCGACGCCAGGCAAUCAUUAAGAUGGACAAAGACGGAUCCUUUCUCUUAAAGAACACAGGCAAGUGUUCUAUAUUUGUCAAUAGCAAGGAGGUAGCAGCCAGAAAACGGAUAGUUUUAAGUUCUAGUUCUUUGAUUGAGGUUAGGGGUCUGAAAUUCAUAUUUGAGGUAAAUCAGAGUGCAGUGAAGCGCUACAUCGCCACAUCCGCCAGAGGGACUAGCAAAGGAGAGAACACCGAGUUCAACUGGUUAAAUAGUCGGAAUGCAUAAGAGUGGGAACUGACGACUGCUUGUUUCAGUUUUCACAUGCUAUCUAAUAUCAUCUGGAUCUGGUGUUGUUAUUUGUACUUGCAUGACACACCGAUGAUUUUGUAUGUACGAGAGGCUGCUUUCAAAUCCAAUCAUCAGAUGGUUCGAAACCUCAUCUGAUAAAUUUAGAAGAUGUCAACUAGCCAGCUGGUAAAGAUCUUAAAUGUUGAUAGUAAAAAUUUCUGUGAUCAAAUCUCAUAUUCAUGGCUUACACG